CCAAACCACCAUCACCUCCCUCUCGUCCCUGCCGGUGAGCUCUCUCCUCCCCAGCCGCCACCGCCAGCCAUGUCGCGCUAGCUCGCGGUACCCACGCCCAACCAUCUCCCCCUCCCCUCCCGUCUCUUCCCAUCCAUCAACUCCGCGAGCUCGUCCUUCCCCGCUCCACCUCCCUGACUUAAUCCCUCUUCGCUUCCCGCGUGUCAUUGCGUGAGGCGAGGCGCGGCCAUUCCCAUCCAUGGCGGAGGCGGCGGGUCCCGGCGGCGACAAGCUCAUCCUGCGCGGCCUGCAGUUCCACGGCUUCCACGGCGUGAAGCGGGAGGAGCGGACGCUGGGCCAGAAGUUCGUCGUCGACGUCGACAGCAUCGCCGACACCAUCAGCUACACCGACAUCUACGGGAUUGCUAAGGAUGUCGUCGAAGGCCCGCCGCACAACCUCUUGGAGUCGGUGGCUCAGUCGAUUGCAAAGGCCACGCUGCUCGAGUUCCCUCAGAUCUCCGCCGUCCGGGUGAAGAUUGGCAAACCUCACGUCGCUGUGCAAGGCGUUGUGGACUAUCUGGGCGUAGAGAUAACGAGGCACAGAAAGAAAGCGUGAGGGUGAGUUGACUGUGGAAUGGGACUUGUUUGAUUGCUGAUAGAUGCUGCUGCCCUUGGUUCGCUACUGUAAUUGAAUAGUCCACACUUGUUCGCAUCAUGUUUGAUGAACAAGAUUUGGCUGUGCUGUUGUGUGAACUGAAACGGGAAUAUAUAAUCGAAUAACAAUUAGCGCAAACACUA